AUGGUAGCGGCUGAAUUUGUGUUCGUACUGUGGGGCGAGUGGCCAUUUUUCUCAGGAAUGUCUGGAGAAGAGGAAGGCGAGUCCCCGGCUGGCGGGGGCUUCCGGCGCAGUGGAGCCCGCGGCGGACCGGAGCGCUGUGAGAAAGAGGCAGAGAGACUACCCCCACACCGGCCUUACGACUGCGCGAUUGACCUGGUGCUGGGCGCCCCAAUUCCGCGUGGACGUUUGUAUUCUCUCUCGGAACCAGAGCUGGCCGCCCUCUGGGAGUUUUUGGAUACCAAUCUACGCAAUGGGUUCAUUCACCCAUCGCAGUUGCCGGCUGGGGCUCCAGUUCUGUUUGUCAAGAAAAAGUCAGGCGAGUUGCGGCUGUGCAACAACUACUGGGCUUUGAACAACAUCACGAUCAAGAACCGUUAUCCUCUGCCUUUGAUUCCAGAUCUCCUUGACCGGCUAAGAGUCUUUACCAAAUUAGACUUGCGGGGAGCUUGCAACUUUAUUGCGCAUACGAGAGGGGACGCAUGGAAGUCGGCUUUCCAGACACGCUUUGGGAGUUUCAAGUACCGCGCCAUGCCUUUUGGGUUCUGUAACGCUUCCAACACUUUGUCAAUGACGUCUUCCGAAGCAAACCCAUCUUCCCUACCUAAGUACCACCUAGGAAAAGAGAACAUAAGUGUCCCCAACAAAGUCAUCAUGGUGAUUGGAGCAACAGGGUCUGGGAAGACCACCCUCAUCAAUGGGAUGGUCAACUACAUCCUGGGCGUCCAAUGGGAAGAUGAAUUCCGAUUCAAACUCAUUCAUGAAGAGACCAAUCAGAGCCAAGCUGAAAGCCAGACCUCUAAGGUAACGGCUUACGUGGUGAAUUAUCAAGAGGGCUUCAAAAUUCCUUAUUCUCUCACCAUUAUUGACACUCCAGGGUUUGGGGACACAAGAGGAAUCGAGCAUGACAGAUUGAUCACAGAGAAGAUCAGGAAGUUCUUCUCUAAUCGAGGAGGCAUAGAUCACAUUGACUCCGUCUGCUUUGUAGUCCAGGCCUCCUUGGCUCGCUUAACUAAGACCCAGAAAUACAUAUUCGACUCAGUCCUCUCCAUUUUUGGGAGAGACAUAAAGGACAACAUCCAAGUCCUGGUCACCUUUGCAGAUGGACAGACCCCUCCUGUAAUAGAAGCCAUUAAGGAAGCUAAUGUGCCAUGUGCCAAAGAGGCCAGCCGGACAGCCGUCCACUUUAAAUUCAACAAUUCUGCGCUUUUUGCCAGCAAUGCUGGCGAGUGUGCAGAAAGCCUUUGUUUUGAUCAAAUGUUUUGGGAAAUGGGUCAAAAGAGCAUGAAGACCUUCUUUGACUCCCUGAACAACUUGGAAACUAGAAGUAUAACUCUGACAAAGGAAGUCCUGAGAGAACGGAAGGAACUGGAAACUUUCCUGGUGGGUCUGAAGGAACAAAUCAAAGUUGCCUUAGUGAAAGUAGAAGAACUAGAGACAUUGCAGAAAUCUGUGGAUCAGCACAAAGCAGACAUAGAGGCCAAUAAAUACUUUGAGUAUGAAAUAGAAGAAGUCGAAUUCACCAAGAAAGAGAUUGAGGAUUGUGCAACCAAUUGCAGGAAGUUGGAAAAUCAUGCCCAAGAAAAAUUCAAGUAUGACAGAAAAACCAUAAAAAAGAAGAUGACCUAUAAUGACUUGAAAGCAAGGUUUGGAAACGAUUUGAGUAAAAUCACCUCUGAGAAGGAAAAGGAAAUAGAAAUCUUAAGCAGACUUCUUAAGAAAGUGUCCCAAAGCCACCGGCGCCUGCAGGAAAUCUCCCUGAAUCCCAGUCCCCUUACCACUCAGGAGUACAUCAGCCUCCUCCUCCAAGCAAAAGGGCAGGAAAUCAAAGACUGUGCAGGUGGAUCUGAGCUGAUGAAAGGCUUGCCAGUGACAUCCCCCGCUGCCCCAAGGAGAGCACCUGCCAGAAGAAAGGGACGAAGAAGGAAGUGA